AUGACCGCCGAAGCCCAGAAACUGCUUCUAAAAGAAUGGGCCAAGGACAUCAAACAUGUCGUUGACGACAACAAUUCACCCAAGGCCGAGUUCGCGCGCCUGGCAAAGGCAAAGGGAUGGACCGGCGGAGAUACCGAAUGGUGCCAUCACUGGGAAGCGUGUUUCGAUGAGACAUAUACAUGGGGAGUUCGUCAUAAGUCAACAACAGCCGAUACGACUGUACUCAAGAAAGUGACUGCUCAAGCUGGUGGGAUCGAUCUAACAGAACGUAUGCGAAGGCUCUCCAUUGGUUCCGAUGCGUCGUCUUUCUCGCUCAUCUCACGCACGUCAAGGGCGAACUCUUUCGAAAGUGUGAGGUCGAUCAACAGCGACCAGUCACACGAAGCCGAAGGUCUUUCCACCAGCCCACAACCUCCACCGAACACAGAAGUCUCGGAUAGCACCGACUUACAAAACAGCGUACUGUCUCUUGAUACGGUCAAGUCCCUGGAGGAAAUUUCUGGGGGCGUUGAGAUCCCGGACACGGCUUCAGAACACAGCGAUGCUGAGUCAGAGGCUUCAUCGCUAGAGUUGGACGAAAACCCAGCGUGGAGUGAAUACACCAACUUCGUGCACCGCCCAGAUGCUUCCUUUCAGUCAGAGUUCGAACGUCUAGCUCGCACCAAAGGUUGGGUGGGACGUAUCAAACGCCAGCACCUAGUCGAGCUGCUCACUAGCGAGGUUGAGUUCUACUGGGGUGCGGACGACGUUGACAAGCUUGAAUAUUACCAGUUCCUAUGUCAAGAGAUGGGCGUCAAGCAGAUCCCUUUGACUGUUACCCAGGCGAAGAACGCGCUUCGGCCUCUCAAAGUCAACCUUUAUAGCGUCAUCGACCACAUGCGCAACCCGGAGAUCAAGGUCAUCACAUACAAGACUAUCCGCGAGCUUCGCCAAAGCGUCCGCAAGAAGGGCACCUUUCCGAGGCAAUGUGCUAAGGCUGGUGAAGGCUGCAUGGCCGCUUUGCUGUCCAAGUUGUAG